CUUCCCUAUUAUCCUCAAUAUGUAUCCGAUAUAGUAUUAUAUCAAUUUCUUUCUACCAGUACUUAAGUUGACACUAAUGAAUGUUUAAAAUAUUUAAUUGCGUAAAGUAAGAAAGAAGUUCAUUAGAAAGAUAAUGGACGUGGACGAAUCCUUAGAUCCGAAAGAAUUAAAACUUACUCUCGAAACGUAUAAAAAAUUGGCAAAUGAUUUUGCAAAUCAUGAUACAAUUUUGAAGGAUAAAACAGUUUUGUCGUAUGUAGCAUACGUUUUAGAAGUACCCGAUAUUGAGAUUGUUAAUUUGAGUUUAGAUAUUUUGGAAUUAUUUGUUAAAAAUGUGGAUAAUUAUGUACAUAUAACCUCUACUUUCGGAGUUCGUGAAGCGCUAGACGCAAUUAUAAAUAAAUAUAAUGUAGAUGAACCAAAGAUAUCUAAACGAGCACAAUGUAUAAAAGAUGAUAUAGAAAGAAUGAAACCACCAAUAUAUAAUUUACGUAGCAGGUGUAGGAGAGUCAUAGAACCUAAAAAGUUGAAGACCCAUGUGAUUGUAUUACAUGUUCAAGGUUUAUUGCCGGAAACUCGAGCAGAGUUAGAGGCAAUAUUAAUAAGAAUUAAUGGAUUAGUUUCUCUUGUAGUCGAUGUAGAACAUCAGCGUGUUACAAUGCGUACUUUAAGUUAUGUUACUGCAAAACAAAUUGCAGAAGCAAUACAAAAAAAUUCUGAGAAUAUGGAAGCAAGAUUAGUAACAAGAAAUAAAUUUAAUCAAGAGUAUCUUGUUAAAUUGAUUCAUACAGGAAAUAAUGGUGAUACUGAAGACAUGCCAGAUUACUUACCUGAAGAAGAUGAGCAAGAAGAUGAAAAGGAGGGAGUUGUAUCACUAUUGACUGGAUUAAGACAAAGUGCUUCAUCAUUAUACAAAUCCACUGCUGAAUUUCUACAUAAUUCAUUUUAUUGGUAAAUUUGUAAAUUCCAAUAUAUUAAAUACUAUUUUUUAAUCUAUUAUCAAUGAACAAUAGAAAUAGAAU